GUAGUAAAUAACUGUGUUUGUUGUAGAGCGCAUGAAGAGUAUCAGAUCAUCAGAUUCUGUAUAAACAAGCACAUGUGCUCAGCUUAUAACACACCUACCACAAUUUAAUAUUUUAUUUAUCGAAAUAUUAAAUUAUUACAAACAUUGUAACAAUAUUAAAUGGCAGCAGCAACAAGCGAAAGUGAAGACAAUAUGGACAUGCUCCAGUCACCUCCCAGGCUGGGACUAUGCGAGGUUUGCAAUGCCAUUCAGGCGAAGUACACAUGUCCAAAAUGUGAAAUAAAAUCCUGUUGCUUGAAGUGCGUCAAUCUCCACAAAAAGGAGCUCAACUGUGAUGGUAUCCGUGAUCGGACGAAAUAUAUCCCUAUGAAGAAGAUAACCAAGAUGGACAUGAUGAGCGAUUAUUACUUCCUAGAGGAAUGCACCCGGUUUGUAGACGACCGGAAGCGAGAUAAACUCAAGCGAUACACGCAGUAUAACAAAAGUCUUCCACCUUCGUUGUUCCGUCUACGUUGCGCCGCCCGGGAUCGGGGAAUUACUUUGAAGUUCCUGUUGCAGAAUUUCACGAAACAUCAGCGCAACACCAGCCAGUUGAACUUCAAGACGAUGAUUAUCCACUGGCGGGUGGAAUGGUGCUUUCCAAAUGCGGAAGGAUCACUGUUCGUGGAUGAGCGUUGUGACGAGAACGAAUCUGUAUACGAUCUCUUGAGGAAAUAUUUGGAUGGAGGUACUGACGAGGAGGUCAUAGGGAAGAACAAGUUGGAAUAUUAUCAGUCCCGUGGGAUGAAUCGGUUGCGAGUGCUGCUGAAGGCAGAGGGUGUAAAGCGUAGCAAGAAUCGGUUUUUUGAAUUGAAACCAAAGAAGUCACUGAAGGAAAAUUUGAAGGGAAAAACCAUUGUGGAGUAUCCCGUGAUUUACGUCAUUUUCAAGGAGACGUCGGACGGGUUCGACGUGAUCGAGUCGGAUGAGGAUGUUGAGGCCGAAACCAAACUGUACCAGAAGUAUCUGGACAAUGAGUAUGGGGCGAGAAGUCGGAUUAAGCGCGAGGAUCCGGAAGAGACGGAGAAGGAAUCGAAGAUGCUGGAAGGUAUCGAUCGGUUGGAGAUUGCGCGGAAACGAGACGAGCGGAGGAAGAAACGGGAAGCGGCGCAGGUUGAGCCAGCAAACUAUCUGUUUAGCGACGAAAACCUGUGGAAUGAGUAUUCGUCGGAUUCGGAUGGACAGAUAACGGAGGAAGAGGCAGACGAUGAGGAUACCCAGGAAAUGCUCUCGCCCAAGAGAAUAAAAACAGAAAAGUUUUAAAUCGGUAAUAAUUUGUUAUGGUUUUUGAAUUGUUGCAUUGAAUUUUAUACAUUUUUUUAAGUAUAUGAAUUUUUAAUACUUAGCAGUAGUGCGCAUGGAAAGAAUUGUAGAGGAGAAUAUUUAAGUUUAUACUUAUCUAUGAUAGGAUUGGUACAAUUGUAUCGACGUGAAUAGUAUACAUUAAAUUGUAAAUUUCAUGUUUUGCCUAUCUUUUGAAAAUGUUGAAUUUGAUCUGCAGAAUAAAUCUAGUGUUUGAAGUCAA